AUGACCGGUCACAAGCAGUGGAUUACGGAACUUGCUUGGGAACCUUAUCACAGCAACUCGCAGUGCAGGCAUCUUGCAAGUGCUGGAAAAGAUGGAAAUGUAAGGAUUUGGGAUACAGUAAAAUGUGAGUUGGUUCGAUGCUUGACAGGCCAUACUGCUUCUGUGACCUGUUUGAAAUGGGGCGGACAAGGUCUGAUAUAUACAGGAUCUCAGGACCGAACAGUGAAAGUUUGGCGAGCUGAAGAUGGAAUUUUGUGUCGAACAUUAACAGGUCACGCACACUGGAUUAAUACACUAGCUCUGAAUGUGGAAUAUGCCUUACGCACUGGUUUUUAUGAACCCUUGGAGCAGUCGAUUGUUUCACUUGAUGAUGCGGUUGGCUAA